AUGGAGAAGGCGUUAAUGAUAUGGAUUGAGGACCAAAACCAAAUGCGAAUUCCUAUUGAUUCUAAUGCUGUUACAAAUAAAGCAUUGAAGAUUUAUGAAAAACUUAAUAAUGAACUACCAUCAACUUCUUCGUCAGCCAAAUCAUUUACAGCGAGUCACGGUUGGUUUGAACAUUUCAAAAAGCGUCAUUUGUUACACAAUUUAAAAUUAAAAGGUGAACAAGCAUCGGCAGAUAUUAUUGCUGCUAAUUCUUACACUUCUGACCAAGUCUUUAAUGCAGACGAGACGGGUCUAUUUUGGAAAAAAAUGCCUGAAAGAACCUUUUUAUCAAAAGUACAAAAAGUUUCAAGUGGUCAUAAAGCUGCUAAAGAUCGUAUAACAAUUUUAUUCUGUAGUAAUGCUUCUGGGGAUAAUAUAAUGAAACCAUUGGUUAUACAUAAAUCGAAAACACCCCGUGCUUUUAAAGGAAUAAAUAAAAAUAACUUACCGGUUUAUUGGAUGAGCAAUAAGAAAGCUUGGGUUACAUCUGUUAUUUUUCGUGAAUGGUUUUACAAGAUGUUUGUCCCUGAUGCAAAACGGUAUUUAAAUGAUAAAGGAUUGCCCUUUAAAGUGCUCCUAAUAAUUUUUAAUGCACCAGGUCAUCCUCAGGAUUUAGAAUUUGAGAAUGUCCAAGUAAUAUUUCUACCGAAAAACACAACUUCUCUACUACAGCCCUUAGACCAGGGAAUUAUUUCAACAUUUAAAACGCUUUACUUAUAUUAA